ACUGUGAAGAAAAGAUCCUCCUAAGUCAGAGUAACUAUGAGCAGAGGAGCAGCAGCCAUGGCUACAGAAAUCCUGAGAAACUUACAGGAAGACGUAACCUGCCCCAUUUGCCUGGAACUCCUGAGAGAACCAUUGAGCCUGGACUGUGGCCACAGCUUCUGUCAAGCUUGCAUCACUGCGAGCAGCCAGGAGUCAAGUCAAGCAGGGAAGAACAGCUGUCCUGUAUGCAGAACCAUUUAUGAUCCUGAGAACAUGAGGCCUAAUCGGCAUCUGACCAAUUUAGUAGAGAGGCUCAGAGGGGUCAAUUUAAGCCAAGAGGAGGAAGAGAAGAAGGAUCUUUGUGAGCAGCAUGGAGAGAAGUUGCUGCUCUUCUGUAAGGAGGACUGGAUGUUCAUUUGCUGGCUGUGUGAACGGUCUCAGGAACACCGUAGUCACCACACACUCCUCAUUGAGGAGGCAGCCAAGGAAUGCAAGGAAAAGCUCCAGGCAUCUCUGGAGCAACUGAAAAAGAAGCAGCAGGAAGCUGAACAAUUUGAAACUGCUCUCAGAGAACACAGAACUUCUUGGCAGAAUCAAAUGGAAUAUGAUAUUCACACUGUCCAGAAGGCAUUUAAAGAAAUAAGAGAUAUCAUGGAUUUGAAGGAACAAAAGGAGCUGCAAAAGCUGAGGGAAGAAGAAAAAAAAAUUCUCCAUGACCUGUCAGAGUCUGAGAAGGAGCUGGUUCAACAGAGCGAGUUCACGAGAGGUCUCAUCUCGGAUCUGGAGCUCAAACUACAGGCAUCAGCGAAGGAGAUGCUGCACAAUGUGAAUGAUGUCCUCAAAAGGUAUGUAUGAAGAUCAGAAAUGGUCCUUUUGUGCAGUGAAAAGAAAUUU